GUUUUUAUUUCAUAAUGUGCACUAUGGAACAUGACAUGAUUUAUGAGUAUUAUAGUUCAGGAUGCAUGCGGACUAGCUUAUGUCAAGAUGAUUUAUAUAUGUAACUCUAAAACGCGUGUAUUUAUAUACAUUAUAAAAUGUCCUUAUGACAGGUUGUCUUUAUAUAUACUAUUCUCAAAUGUCCAGGCAGAAGAGUUCGACUUUGGUAUUCCACUCGUUCACAUGUGUGUUUGUAUUUGUAUAUUAAAAGUAUGUAACAUCCGUGAGUUCUUCCUCCGUUAUACGACAAGUACGGUGUAUAUAAGGCACAAUUUUUCUUCACUGUUAUGUCAUUUAAUUUCUAACAGUCAUUCUAAGAUAAUCAGAGAUGGUCAAUAUAGCUGUUUUUAUUAUGAUUUCGCUCUAUUUCCAAGGUGUUCAUGGUACAUUGCGGGUGCCAAACUACUACAGUAACCACAUGGUGUUACAGCGUGCACCUGCUCGAGCAAUUUUGUGGGGAUAUGCUGACGUAAUAGGUGAUACAGUAACCAUUUUGAUGAACGGCGUUCAAAUACAAGAAGCGACGGUUCAGAAAAGUACCAAAAAUAACACAGUUGGAUUUUGGAAAGUUAAGCUUCCAGCAGAGAGUAACCCAGGGCCGCACGAGAUUCAAGUAAAAUCUAGUGAGGGGUUUCUCUCAUUUGUUGACGUCAUGUUCGGGGAUGUGUGGGUGUGCUCUGGACAAAGUAAUAUGCAGUUUACAAUGCGAAAGGUGUUCAACAGUACACAUGAAAUCGACGACUCUAUACAAUACGGUGAUAUUCGGAUGAUAUCCUCUGAUUUAAAACAAUCUAAUGUGCCACUUGACGAUGUCUCAUUAAAACGGUCGUGGAUAUAUCCCAUUAAAGGUAUAAUAAAUGAGUUUUCGGCCCUAUGCUUCAUGUUUGCACGUGAUCUUCAAAAGCAUUUGAAGUAUCCAAUCGGAGUAAUUGAAUCAGAUUGGGGCGGUACUACAAUAGAAGUAUGGAGUGGCCCGGAUGCUGUCAAAGCUUGCCCAACGACAUCAACCAUUACGCCGAAUAAGCAUUGGCCAACAGAGAAAGGUGUGCUCUGGAACUCUAUGAUACAUCCUUACCUGUCAAUGACAAUAAAAGGCGCCAUCUGGUACCAAGGUGAAUCAAACGCAGGCCGACCUGACCUAUAUGCAUGUCAGUUUCCCGCCAUGAUCGACGACUGGCGGAAGAAAUUCCAUGCUGGAUCAGACGGUGAAACAAGUGAUCAUUUCCCGUUUGGAUUCGUUCAGCUGGCACCGAACAGAGCUGGUAAUGUAGUUGGAGGUUUCCCGCCGACAAGAUGGGCGCAGACGACAGACAUUGGCUAUGUGCCAAAUUCAAAUAUGCCGGAUACAUUUAUGGCUGUUGCAAUUGAUUUGCCAGACUUUAAUUCUCCAUCCGGGGCUAUUCAUCCUACAUAUAAACAAGAUGUAGCAUCUCGUCUAGUUCUGGGAGCCAUGAAUGUUGCCUAUGGUGACAAAAAUGUUGUAUUCCAAGGUCCAUUUCCUACCGAGUAUAAUAUGAACAAUGGUCAACACACACUAAGGAUCACUUUUGAUAAUGGGACUGGACUUUUACAAGUUAACAAUAACAACGGUUUCGAGAUUUGCUGUGCAAGUACUACUAGCGAAUGCAGUAAUUCAGCAGCAUGGUCUGUUGCCUCUAUCAAACUGUCAGAAACAUCUUCCAUUCAAAUAGAUGCUUCUGGUUGCCAUGGAAAAAAUCAUAUUACUGGUGUAAGGUACCUAUGGAAGGAGAGUCCCUGUGCAUUGAAGAAAUGUGCCUUGUACGGUAGUCGAACACAACUUCCUGUGCCACCUUUUAUUGAAAUUAAGAUGUUUCAAACUCCAGGCAUUGAUAUAAUCCCUUUGUUUCAAUAAAGGAUACAAUUAAACCGUUCUGUUUUUAUCUUCUUCUAAAACCCUUAUCAAAGAAAGCUAAAACUUAUAUGGUAAAAAUCCUACACUUGAAAAGUAGUAACGAACAUAAUAAAUGGUCCUAUAUCUCGG